CAUAAAUGAGUAAGAAAACCCUUAAAUUCGGUGUAGUCGUUGAUGGAGAUUCGACGGAAAUAACGAAAGAUUUAGAUUUACCAAUAGUCUGUUUGAUUGCGAAUUCAGCGAAUCCGUCAGAUUGACGCGGCCCAUCAUCCCUUUCUUCUAAAAUGGCGUCGGAGAUCGAGGUGGUGGAGGAGGAGGCCAGGAAUCACGCCGGGGAGCCAUCGGCGCAGGCCGUACUGGAAGAAGACGAAAGCUUGAAGAACGAUGUGUACACGGCGGCCGCCUACGGGGACCUCAACAAGUUGCGCCGCCUGGUCGAGACCGACGGUUGCUCCGUUUCCGACCCCGACGCCCAUGGCUACUACGCCCUCCAAUGGGCAGCGCUCAAUAACUGGCCGGCCGCCGCGCACUACAUCAUUCAGCAUGGAGCUGAUAUUAAUGCACAAGACCAUCAAGGGCAAACUGCGCUGCACUGGAGUGCCGUGAGGGGCGGAAUUCAGGUUGCUGAAGCUCUAUUGCAGGAGGGUGCUCAGAUCAGCAUAGCUGAUAAUAAUGGGUACCAGACAACACAUGUUGCUGCUCAAUUUGGGCAGACAGCAUUUCUUCAUUACAUUGUUGCAAAGUGGAAUGCUGAUCCUGAUGUUUGUGAUAAUAACGGCAGAAGUCCUUUACACUGGGCUGCUUACAAGGGAUUUGCUGACUGCAUACGACUUUUGUUAUACCUUGAUACAUACAGGGGGCGACGAGAUAAUGAAGGUUGUACUCCUCUGCAUUGGGCCGCCGUUAAAGGUAAUUUAGAAGCUUGCACUGUUUUGGUGCAGGCUGGAAAAAAGGAAGAUUUGAUUCUAGCAGACAAUACUGGUCUAACACCUGCACAGCUUGCUGCCGAUAAAAAUCACAGACAAGUUGCAUUUUUCCUUGGAAAUGCUAGAAGGCUGUAUGAUAGGCAGUGGGAUAACAAGAGCUUGAUUGGCAAACUUUCGAAAUUAGGAUUUGCUCCGUUGCUCUUGGGUGUAAUCUUACUCCUACUUGUGACAUAUAUAAAUUCUGUUAUCACAGCUUCAAAUUUGCCACGAUUAACAGCCAGUUUUGGUCUUUUUGCGUGGUUGGGAGUAUUUUUGGCAUCAGGUGGACUAAUUCUCUUUCAUAGAUGUAGCAGCAAGGAUCCUGGAUAUAUCAUGAGAAACAUACAUGAUUCAGACAACAUGAAAGAUCAUGAACCAUUGCUGAAGGCUGAUAUUAACCAUCCAGCUUUGCUUUCCGGGAAUUGGGCUCAGCUGUGCUCAACUUGCAAGAUUGUUCGGCCACUCCGUGCGAAGCACUGUUCCACCUGCGACCGUUGUGUUGAGCAAUUUGAUCAUCAUUGCCCAUGGGUAUCCAAUUGCAUUGGAAAGAAAAACAAGUGGGACUUCUUCUUGUUUCUUGUCGUGGAAGUUAUUGCAAUGAUUCUUACGGGAGUAGUGACUCUGAGAAGACUGUUGACGGACCCUUUGGCUCCGUCUACCUUUGGUGCAUGGUUGAGGCAUGCCGGUAGCCAACAUUUUGGCGCUUUAUCAUUUUUGAUUGCUGACUUUGCUAUUCUCUCAAGUGUUGCCACCUUGACCCAUGUACAAGCCUCUCAGAUAGCUCGAAAUAUCACUACAAAUGAAAUGUUUAACAGAACCCGUUAUUCUUACCUAAGAGGACCGGGUGGCCAUUUCCGCAACCCCUAUGAUCAUGGAUGCAAGAAGAACUGCUCAGACUUCCUGAUCAACGGUUAUAAUGAAGACAUUGAAUAUAAAGAAGCUUCAAAUGAGCCUGAAGGAACCGGUAUGACGCCCAUGGCUGGCCUACCCAAUGGUAACAGCCAUUCUCACCAUUCCAGUAGCAAUGGUCAUGUGGUACUGGAUGUGAAUUCCGACACCACCACCCACGACAGGGAUAGCCAUUCUUCUUGCCAUUGCCAGCACAGCAACGACAACAACAGCCGUAGGAAAACAGAGUCAGUGCCUUUAGGUUUGGGUAUUGGUCUGGGCAGAAAGAAGUUUGGGAGUUAGCAUAUAAUAUGAUAUAAUGGCUGUAUUAAUUAGUUAGUUCCCCAAAAUUAUAUACAUGGAUAAUCCUCUGAUGUAUCUCUACUGUAAUAUACCAGCAGCUGAGGCUGAGGCACGUCCAAUCUUUGUAUUGUAAUCUUAAUUCUUACUUUCUCAA